CUGUGCGGCGGCUGCGGUCGCGGAGCGGUGACACAGGACUGGCCUGCAGCUACUCAGCAAAACAGCAACAGGACACGGAGAUAACAACACGGGAGAAGCCAUGGCCGGUCCCCUCAGAGUGUGCAUCGUGGGCUCCGGGAACUGGGGCUCUGCUGUUGCAAAAAUUAUUGGAAGCAAUGUUGAAAAACUGGAAAAAUUUGCACCCACGGUCAACAUGUGGGUGUUUGAAGAGAUUAUUAAUGGAAGGAAGCUCACAGACAUCAUCAACACUGAUCAUGAGAAUGUGAAAUAUCUCCCCGGUCAUAAACUACCAGAGAACGUGGUUGCUGUUCCAAACCUGAGUGAUGCAGUGAAAGAUGCAGACCUCCUGGUGUUUGUCAUUCCUCACCAGUUCAUACACAAAAUCUGCCAUGAAAUCUCCGGGAAAGUCCACUCGAAGGCCCUUGGGAUAACACUCAUCAAGGGCAUAGAUGAAGGGCCCGAGGGGCUGAAGUUGAUUUCUGACAUUAUUCGGGAGAAAAUGGGCAUUGAUAUCAGUGUGCUGAUGGGAGCCAACAUUGCAAAUGAAGUGGCAGCAGAAAAGUUCUGUGAGACAACCAUAGGAAGUAAAGUAAUUGAAAACGGGCUUCUGUUCAAGGAACUUUUACAGACCCCAAAUUUCCGUAUUAAUGUAGUGGAGGAUGCUGAUACUGUGGAACUGUGUGGUGCCUUAAAGAACAUUGUGGCUGUGGCCGCCGGCUUUUGUGAUGGUCUCAAGUGUGGCGAUAACACUAAAGCUGCCGUUAUCCGUCUUGGCCUCAUGGAAAUGAUUGCAUUUGCAAAGAUCUUCUGUAAAGGUCAAGUUUCCACCUCUACAUUUUUGGAGAGCUGUGGAGUUGCCGAUCUCAUUACCACUUGCUAUGGAGGGCGUAAUAGAAAAGUGGCCGAGGCAUUUGUUAACACUGGCAAGAGUAUAGAGGAACUUGAAAAGGAGAUGCUGAAUGGACAGAAGCUACAAGGACCUCAGACCUCUGCAGAAGUGUACCGUAUCCUGCAGCAGAAAGGCAUGGUAGACAAAUUUCCACUUUUUGCUACUGUGUACCAAAUCUGCUAUGAUGGGAAACCUGUGGAAGAAGUCAUUUCCUGCCUGCAGAUCCAUCCUGAGCAUUUGUAGUAUUUUUCUUUCUAAUACAUAUUUUUUAUGCUGCAAAACUCUGGAGCCCAGUCUCCACUAACGCACAAACGUUAAAGUAUGUAAAAUCUAUCAAUUGUAAAAUCACUGCGACAUCUUGGCACCGAAGAGCUGCUGUUUGCACAGAUCAUGAAAAAGAAUUGUCCGUAAGGUAUGUUCACAGGUGGUGAAUUUCCAUUGUAGAGAAUUUCAGCUUACACAUCAGUGCUGUAGAAACAGCCCCAGCACCAAGAUGCACGGUAUAGGUAAGUAUACACCUAGCAGUUCUGCUGCAACAAAACUGCAAAGUGUGGCCUAACUCUAAGGGUCCAUUCACACUUCCGUAUGUGUAUUGCGGAGCCGCAAAAC